AUGGUCAAGUAUACUCUCACAUAUUUCAAAGUUCGCGGUUAUGCUGAGCCGAUUCGACAGAUGUUCAAAUUGGCUGACGUCGAUUUCGAAGAUGUCCGAUUGACAUAUGAGACCGACUGGGCUGAUUAUAAAUCAAAAACUCCAUUUGGACAAUUGCCAGUUCUUUCGGUCGACGGAUUCGAUAUUCCUCAAUCGGUGGCUAUUGCAAGAUACGUUGCUCGCAAAUUUGGUUUUGCUGGAAAAACUCCAGAAGAGGAAGCUUGGGUUGAUGCAUUGGUAGAUCAAUUUAAAGACUUUACUGGACCAAUGCGUUCAGUAAUAAUGGCAAAGAAACAACAAAAAUCAGAGGCUGACGUCGAGAAAAUUCGAGAAGAGGUUUUGAAACCAGCGAUGGAAACUUACUUCAAUAUUCUCAAAAAACAACUAGAAAAGAGCAAGUCAGGAUUCCUCGUUGGUGACAGUGUCACAUUUGCGGAUCUCACUAUUGCUGAGAAUCUUUAUUCUCUUCAUAAUGCGGGAUUUACCGAUCUUACGAAAGAGCCACAACUCUUCGAAUUCAAAGAACGAAUUCAUGGUUUGCCAAAAUUGAAGGAAUGGAUCGCAACAAGACCUAUCACAGAGUUCUAA